AUGUUGGAGAAAGUCCUGAGGACUUGGUUGAGCCUGGGGGUGACAGGAAGUUGGAGCUGCCAUAUUUAGCUGCUUUGUUGUAGAUUCCUUGUAGGUUUCCUGCAGAUUUUAGCCUGUGCUGCCAAGUGUUGCAAUGGAGCCGAGCUGGAGUACGUUUUUAUUCCAACAGGCCAAUGAGGCUCUGCAUCACCAGCACCAAGUAGCCGGGAACAGCCUCUUGCCUUUGCUCAGUUCUGGAACAGAGCCACCUGAUCAGAAACCAGUGCUACCCAUUCCCUUAGACCAGAAACCCCCCGUCAGUGCUGCAGAACUCCUUAAAGACAAUGUGGCCAGUGGGACUGGUGGUGGUGGUGGAGGGCCUCCUAUUGCUGUGGUCAAAAAGGAACCUAAAUCAAAGACGCCCUUUAUCUGUGGCUACUGCAACAAAGCUUUCCGGGACAGCUAUCACCUCCGGCGGCAUGAGUCCUGCCACACUGGCAUUAAGAUGGUAUCACGGCCUAAGAAGACACAAACAGCCCCCACCAUGGUGCCACUCAUAUCCACUGUACCACGUGAGAAUAGCGGGAACCCUUCAUACAUCACUACUGUAGCUGGUAUCCUGACUACAGCCACAACGUCAACGUCAACUGUCACUAGCAUCAUGACCCCAAUGCAACACCAACAGCAGCAGAGCAUCCCUAAGAAGCCCCCCAAGCCGGUUAAAAAGAAUCACGGCUGCGACAUGUGUGGUAAGGCCUUCAGAGAUGUGUACCACCUCAACCGCCACAAGUUGUCUCACUCUGAUGAGAAGCCGUUCGAGUGUCCCAUCUGCCAGCAGAGGUUCAAGAGAAAGGAUCGCAUGACAUACCACGUCCGCUCCCAUGAUGGUGGAGUUCACAAGCCUUACAUCUGCUCUGUUUGUGGGAAGGGCUUCUCUAGACCUGAUCAUCUAAGCUGUCAUGUCAAGCACGUCCAUUCCUCAGAGAGGCCAUUUAAGUGCCAAGUAACGGCCUGUACCUCUGCCUUUGCUACCAAAGACCGUCUACGCUCCCACAUGAUCAGGCAUGAAGGUAAAGUGACCUGCAACAUCUGUGGCAAAAUGCUAAGUGCUGCCUACAUCACAAGUCACCUCAAGACGCAUGGCCAGGCCAGCUUCAGCAACCCAUGUAACAAUAAAGGCAUAAGUGACUGGCAGUGGAACCACUCAGGGCCACGAAAAGGUGAGUUGACGGUAGGAGAGAUUUUAAAUAACUCCUUCCAAGUCCUAAUUGACAACUCUCACAAAGAUGCCAACAACGUGCACAACUCGGCCACCACGACGCCAGUCACCAACUCUGCAGCCAUCACCUCAGCUCUGAACCGCGGUGGCAACGCCAGCAAUCCCGUCACCAUCGCCGCUCAGAUGAACAUUGCCACCAGCACGGUCAACAUCACUUCACCAGUGAACCUGCAGCACCCCGUCACCAUCACCGGCCCCGUGAACUUGGCCUCCGUCAACAUCCCUACAACGGCACACAUGAAUAUCGCCCAUCCAGUGGCCAUCACCACUCCCAUGCCCAUGAAUAUCACCGGGCCACUCAACAUUGCCAUGAGGCCCAUGGAGAGCAUGCCUUUUCUAUCCCAAGUUCUGCCUUCCUCCCCUCCCUGGUAGAGCUUUUUUAGUCCGUGUAAGAGCCGAUGGUGUUUUAACUGCCUAAUAAUGGACAACCUGUCAAAUCUUAGUGCAGUGGCACAUGGGUUCAUAGUGUAUUCAACUCAAAAAGAUAACUACUGUAAUCCAACCACAGUGAUGUGAUUUGCAGUUACUUGGAGUCAUUACGACGUCAUUUAGUACAUUUCUUUGUAUUCAUCAAAGAAAAAAGUUUCAAAUCCCUCCAGCAUGAUAGAAAAUGACUUGCUUAGCUUACAGGGACUCAGCGUAGAGUAUUGGCCUAAAGAGCAUGUGAGAUCAAGUUAGCUGCUUUUCACCGGAGAUAUACGGACUCUUCUACGUUUAGCAGGUUUUUUAAAUGUUUUAGAUAUUGUAAUAGAGGUAAUUUCUAUCAAUUCAACAGAAAAGGAUUUGACACCUGAUGACUUUCUGUUUUAGGCUAACCCAGUGAUUGAAUUAGCUGACAAAUCUAGGUACUUCAUCACAUUGAUGCAAAACUUCUGUAAACUACAUGUCAACACAAGGCACUCCUGCUCAUGUGUAUGCAGCAUUGUCCACACUGGUCUAAUACACCAAAAGGGAGAGAUACCUCAAGUAUCACCAAAUGGCCUCUUAAGUCUUUGUCAGACGUACUAAUUAAAGUUCUAAAGGCCAAAAUCAACCACGUCACAAUCUUCAUCGGUUGCUUUUGAGCCGUCAUUGUGUGGAACUCAGUCAUGUGAGAACAGGAUUGUAACUCCUGUCUGUUCAAAGGUGCUUUAGUGCCAGAUGUGACUGACCUCCAGUCUCUAUCUGCUGAUCGACAGCAUGACAAGCAAAGACAAACUUUCACACUUCAGAUUACCUCUGCUUAAAUGACCUGAAUGAUGUCACUUGUUUGACAUGCUGACCUGAAGUGACCCCAGGAUGAUAUUUAGUGCAGAUAUAGUUUGAAAAGUAAUGCCAAAGAUUCUCGAGGUGUAGUGUUUCUCCUGAAUGCUGUAUUUAAAAAAGAAAGAAAGAAAGAAAGAAAGAAAGAAAGAAAGAAGGGAAAACCCUUUUAAAACGGCGUCACAGGACGUUAAAGUUUCUUAUUAAAAUCACGAGUCAUGAAUUUGGCACCGCCAGCUAGACGUUCCCCAAAACCCCAAACCCAUUCUGUUCUUGUAAUAAUAUACGUUUUCCAUCAUUUGAAUGUGAUCAUGUCUAUUUCUAUUGAAUUCCCUGCCUUACUGGAAGUUCAUCACAUCAACAGGUUUCCUUCCUUUGACAUGGUUUCACAUUAUUGGGCAGUUAGCACAAUAUCCACUGCUACAUGUUCACCCAUACUGUGUUUGUAUUUAUCCCUGGCUUACCCUUUUUUUCAAAUUUGAAUAGUUUGUUUUACCAUGAGCCGUAGUUGUGGGUGAGCCAGCUCAUUGCAGCAGUGUUUGUAGUGAACACGUUGUAUGCUGUGGAGAGGCAAGCCCUUUUUCCCAAUUCUUUCAUUUCUAUCUAGCCACUGAAGGACAGUGUUGGUCUGGUAAAGGUGACCAGAAAAUGAUUUCCUCAACUGGCCGUCUGACUCCAAAUGUGGGUGACGUGAUACGUUACUAUACCUAACAGCUCCUUAAAUGGAAGUAUGUUGCUGGAGUUGUUCUUCAAUGCUUCCUCUAAGACAACUUUAGUUUUCUGUUCUUUUUUCUUUUAGUGGACUUAUCAGUAUUUGAUAGUUUAUGUAUUUUAAAGUUUAAUUGCAAACAAACAAACAAAGCUUCCAUUUCGGGGGAGGGUAAGUGAUGGUUCAGAGGCUGUGUAGAUCAACCAUCAGCUCCCCCGUGUCUGUAUUUUAAAACAGUCCCCCGUCGCUUUGGGAUGUUUCUGUGACGUCUGGGAAUCUUUGGAUGUAUUUAUGUGAGGACAUGACAGUUUAUGGUACAGCUCGUACUGAAAGCAUGACACUUGCCCUUAAAAUGGCAGUAUUAUAAAAGGUCAGAU